CUAUUGUCUGACUGUCUGGACACUGGACAGUGCAGUAGUGUAGUCACUCCCAAAAAAAGGAAUAGAUAAAAUGAUACUAACAAAAUUGUGAAAAACCAAGUUACAACUUCCUAACCUCAAAUCCUUUUUUUACCGAAAUGUGGCCCGAAAUUCGAACAGCUAAAAAUGAAAAACGCCGAGAAUUGGUGCUGGGCGGCUCAGAAAUCAGCCAGAGAAUCGAAAAAGACGGUUUUAGCGCGACAAUUUACGAGUUGACUGAUUUGAAUUAUCUCAGUAUUACUGAUACGAGCCUCUCUGAGAUAAGCUCAGAUAUUGCCAAGUUAGAGUCUUUGCAAACUUUGAUUUUGCAUUCGAACAAGUUUCGGGAAUGCAAUGAAGCCAUAACGAAACUUUCCAAGCUAAAGAUAUUAGAUCUUUCGAGGAAUUCUAUUGAGAGAAUACCAGAAAGUAUUGCAUCAUUAUCGCAAAUUAUAACUAUAAAUAUCUCUAACAACAAACUAGAAAGCUUUCCCACUUUAAGCAACAAUGCUAAGCUAACAGUGGUUGAUUUGUCUUGUAAUGCUUUAACAACAUUUCCAAAUUUAUGUAAUUCCGAUUUAGUAAAUUUGAGUGAAUUAAAAUUGCAAGGAAAUCAUAUUGAUAGCAUUCCUAGUAAUAUCAAUGUGUUACCAUCUUUAAAAGUAAUGGAUGUGAGUAAUAAUAAAAUAAAGAUUUUACCUGGAGAGCUAGCAGACUGCCAUAAACUCAAAGAAAUAAACCUCAAAUCCAACCCAAUUAGUGACCGAAGACUUUUCAAACUAAUAGAUCAAUGCAGAACUAAACAAAUUAUAGAUUAUGUAAAACAAAACUGCCCACGUGCCACGAAAGAUGCAAAUUCGAACCCUAAACCUGGAAAAAAAGGAGCUAAAACAAAACAAAAGAGUGACGACUCUGAAAGUAAUGAGGACGAAUUGUCUUACAAAUACACUAUUACAGUGAAGCCUGCUAAUGAGGAUUUCAAAGUUGUGGUUGAAAAUUCCACUAAAACCAUCAGGGAACAUAUUGUUUGUUGCUUGGUUAACAAUAUAGUGUUUACUGAAGAUACAUUUAAGGAAUUUAUCAAGUUGCAAAAUAAAUUACAUGAUGGGAUUUGUGAGAAGAGAAACGCUGCCACUAUUGCUACACAUGACUAUAAGAAAUUGGACUCUUCUAUAAUCAAAUACACAACUCUUCCACCAAGUCAGCUAAAACUUAAGCCUCUAUACAGAGCUACGGAAAUGUCUGGAGCUGAAUUGUUUGCGAGGCUUCAAACCGAAGCCGACAAUUUGCGAAAAGAAAAAAAACGAAACACCUAUUCGGGAAUUCAUAAAUAUUUGUAUCUUGUCGCAGGGAAACCAACUUUCCCUUGUUUGGUAAAUGAAAAAGGAGAUGUUAUUUCUUUUCCACCAAUCACAAAUUCCGAUAUUACUAAGAUUGAACCAACUACGACCCAAAUAUUUAUAGAAGUGACCAGUUCUUUAACGCAGGUUGUCUGUAAAGCUGCGUUAAAUGAAAUAAUUAAAGAAUUAGUGAAUUUGCUCGGAACAGAUCUGGAAGUGCAGCAAGUGCGGAUAUUAGAUCAAGAGGAAAAGCUUAGACUAGUUUACCCUGGAAAAAAUGACUUGAAGUUUGGUGAACAUAUCCCCAUUAAAGUUACUCGAAUAAGAUAAUGUUAUUUUGUUUUCCAUUUCAUUUGGGUAUUAUUACUAUUAAGUUUAUAUUUUCUUUUGCUUUGUAAAAUUUAAAAAUUUGGCUUUAACUCAUGUCAAGUAAUUGAUAUUUAUUUUUUAGGGUCUUUGAAGGAUCUUCUCUGAAAGUUACCUUUAAGGCCAGACUAUUAACUUUUUUUUUCAAUUUCUGCUUGCUACUAUAGGAUCAAAUCAUUAGCUAUUUUUAGGCAUUUUUUUUUUGAAGUAUUUCUAUUUCUGAUAUUCUUUUAUAACCAAUAAAGUUUUAUUUUCUUAAAACACAAUACAAUAAAUGUUUCUUUUUUUUAUGAUCUACAAACAAUAGCAAAAAUUAAUUAUAAGCUAAGGGUACUUAAAAUAUAAAUAUGAUCUAUUUUGAAUAAAUUAAUAAUUAAAAAUGCGCAACAUCACAAUGGACAAAAAUAAACGUAAUAUUUCCUUACUAAAUAGAACAGACUAGACAUACAAUAUUUUAUUCAAGAUUUUUUGGUAACAUCAAUCUGAAAGAUUCUGCACUUUUUAUGAAAGUACUUGUCACAACACAGGGAAAUUUAGUUUUUAAGUGUUAUCUGGGUAAGUUAAUACAACUGGAUAAGCUCAUUGUUGUCUCUAUCCAGUAUUACCUAACAAUUUAUUCACUUUUCUUGGCCAAUGCUUUACGUUCAUUUAUAUCAAUAAUGGCAAGAUUUUUGGAGGCUACCACACAAUGCAGCAAUGAUAUAAAAGUUUUACCUAUCAUAAUUGGAGCUGAAAGGUACAAGAUAACCCUGAAGAGCGAUAGACCUAUG